GACAGAGCGCGGGCUCAGUGAAGCUCGGUGGGACGGUGCGUGAUGUCGUUCCCGGUGGUGACUGUCGCGCUCGCAAGCCUCCUCGCCGCGUGCUCAGGCACAAAUAUAACGGAGAGGCUGCUUAAGGAACGAACUCACAAGGCACUUGGUUCCAGUCUACCAGCAGACUGCCUGUACGGCGGUCGUUGGUUUAGCGACGGAGGGGAAGUAGACACAAGAGAAGCUUGUCUUCAAUGUAUCUGUAGCAGUGGAGCCCUGACCUGCCGGAGAAGAGCAUGUGCCCCACUACCGGAUCCACCUCCUAGGAAGUGUCACGCAGUCUACAGGAAAGGCAGCUGCUGCCCAGAACUUCAGUGCCCUGAUGGUGUCGCGAUAGUAGAUCACAGUGGGGCAGCAAGAUCCGAAGACAACCUCAAAGAGGAUUUCCUUCCACCUACCAACGUGUUUCCAGCUUGCGUGGAAGGUGGUACCGUGUAUGCGGCAGGGUCAGCCCUACGUCCGACAGCAGCAUGCGAAUCUUGCUUCUGCCUUCAGGCUGAACGUCGCUGUCUCCGGCCUAAGUGUCUUCCACCGCCCCCGGGCUGUAAGCCUCAACCGGCAUCUGGGGCCUGUUGCCCUCAAAGAUAUUACUGCCAGCAUGCAUAUUCACCACAUAAAAAUAGUACGCACGACUGUCAAGUAAAGGGUGCGUGGGUACCUGAAGGACAAAGAGUAAAGAAAUCGGAAGAAAAUAGUUGUUCCCAGUGUUUUUGUCUGCGUGGUGCCGUUCGGUGCCAUACGGUCCAGUGUGCUCCGCCGCUGAGGGGUUGCACUCCUUUUGUGGUCCCAGGGGAGUGCUGUCCACGACAUUACCACUGUGAGCACGGGCAAGAACAUCGUAUUGUUACAUAUUCAUACAAAGCACCUAACAGCCUGCUGGGAUCCGGUGAUAAUGAAGAUCGUUCAUUCCACGACAUGAAGACAAUAGGGCUUGAAAGCACAACCGGUAGCAUUAUCACUAAAAUAAAUACACCGUCAACGGUAAUUACAAAUGACCUAGUUGCCACAACUAAAGUGAAAAGGAAAACUGACGAAAUAUCAAAUCUGCAAAGUGCUAAACCUGAUAAUAGCACGUCAACUGUAACCCCAGAAAAAGUGACAACCACAGACCAAAUGCAGACUGACGUUACUACUGAAAAAUCCGUAGAACAAUCCGAAGGCACUGUGAAAAUCAUGGUUAAUGGUACAAUUAAUUGUACAGCUGAAUUGUCAUCCACAAAAAUACCAUAUAAUACAACUUUAAAUGAAACUAAUAUUUUCGAUGUACAGCCGAGAAUACCCAUAGUUAAUACUGAUGACUUUGAACCGCAGACCUAUCCUCCAAAUGACAUCAUCACUGAUAGAACCCUAGGUUUUGACGAAAGCGAAACAUUCACUAUAAAUGUUACUAGUUCGCUGGUGACGAAUACAAGUCAAACCAAGCCUCCAAUUGUGUCUGCAUCUAAGCCAAUCCCAAAUGACAUGGUUGACGCUGCGAAUACUUCUAAGAAGACCAAAGGAGAUUAUGACUACGAUUAUACAGAGCCAACUUUACCACCAUCCCUACCUAAUUUAAAAAUAAUACCCUUCGUAGCAGCAGAUGCCGUGGUGGAUGAUGAAACUUCUAAAGCAACCUUAACGUAUCCAAUUUUAGAAAGAGAAGAUAAGUUUCCUGUUUAUUACCCAACAAGUGACACCAAAGACACUUUAUUUGCUACAAGAAGAGAAGAUGUCUAUCCUCCGAAAUAUCCUGUGUUUAUAUCCAACAAAGGAGCAGAGUACCCUAGUUUGCUACCCGAAAUCAACUUAUCAAAUUCUGCAUUUGGGAGCAGCAGUAAUGACCUCGAAUAUACUGUACCGACUGCCCUGGACGAUCAGGCUAAUGUGCCUAAAGUCAUGACGGCUAAACCUUCAAGUGAACCUUCCAAAUACGAAGUGGACACUCCUGCUAUCAGUUUGUUUUCGCCACCCGCAGAAACUGAAGGGGGAUUUGUACCGAAAGAUCCUGAAGAUAUCGACAAGUACUACGCAGUGUAUCCUAGUCCAGCGCCGGGGCCGUCCAUUCCACAUUUGACCACCUCGAUGCAAUUAGAUGUUGCCAAAGAGUGUAUAACCAGUGACGGUCGACGUGUGAAAGAUGGUCAUAAAACAUCAGUGUGGUGCUCAAACUGUGCCUGUCAGGAUAGAGAGUUGAGAUGCAUUCCACGGGACUGCUCUGUACCCAGUGGGUGUAACCGUCUACCUAUUACUUCAGAAGCUAAAGACUUGUGCUGUGGCGAUUUAGUCUGUAACUCGGUGGAAUCUACAACAACUCCUACCGCAAUAACAACGGAAAAUCAAAUAGUUGAUGAUACAAGAGUUAAGGUAGAAAAGUUCUCGAUAAAACAAAAAAAUGAUUCACAAUCUCAAACUGACAAUCAACAUGAACUCAAAACAGAACAGAAUAUUAAACCUGUCGAAGUUAAUUCCGUUAAGGAUGUAACUGAUGGGAUAUUUACUGCAACACUGCCACCACCGACAGUCACUGCUGCAGAAAUAAUUACAACACCAGUUUUUGUCACUGAAAAGAUACAACCCAAUGAAACCAAUUCUAAUGAGUAUGAAGAUGAUGAAGACGAUUCCUCGUUUGGAAGUUUACUUCAGUUGCUAUUAAGUGGCGAAAUCGAAUCCACUACAGCGAAACCUAAAACCACCAUGAAAACCAGUACUACCACGAGUACUGCAAGACCAUAUCGACCCACUUUAAAGCCAUUCAUUCCCUUACCGCCUCGUCCCUACAUUCCACCAUAUAAAGCGUCAGUAAACAGAAUAGACCACUUAGUCUUAGGGGAAGCUACAGCUAUACACACCACCCCAAGGUCCGAGCUCAAAACGAAUAGACCUGAAAUCACAAGAUCACCAGCCGUCACCGAGAAAGACAAGCUAUCGGUACAGUAUACUUCGGUGACGCACGAAGGACCCAGACCACCAAAUCUUGGUUUGGGAGGAGGAAUCUUGAAGAUAUCAGGCUGUAAUAUUUACGGAAAAAUGUAUGGCGUGGGACAUUUUGUUCCUGAACUAACAACAAAAUGCCAAGAGUGCUGGUGUGCUGAUUAUGGAGUACAGUGCAAGUCUAAAGGAUGUUAGAUGUUUUAGUUAAACGGGUAUUAUGAAUUUCAACUGCUAACUGAGCUAAUUCAACAGCUUCUAAUUCAAACAUCAAACAAGGAUCGGUUGUAACAAUACGGCCUACUGUGAUGUGCUUGAACAGAUUCAUUUUAGUGUAGUGUUAAUAAUUAUAUGUUGCUAGAAUACGGAUAAUUUAUAUUGAUUUUAUUGUAUAGAGCGUUGGAAAAGGUUUUUGACGAGUUCUAGUUAUGAUUAUAAAAACUUUUUCUGUAUAAUCAGACUAUAAACGUAACCUCAUUCGCUGUGAAACAAGUUUUAAAUUCAAGUUGUACCACAACUUCCUAUUGUAAUAAAUCGGUCAUUGAUCUCAGAAAAUCAUGACACUAAAGUAAAAUUUCAUAGGAUAACCAAAACUUAAGGAUUUUUAUAUAUAAUUAUAAAAGAUAAGUCUAUGUCGGUAUUGUUAAAGGUUCUUUAUAUUUCCUUCUAUCCAGCCUUCUAAAUGUAAUGGACAUAAAAGGCUAAGGACGAGCGCCUUGGAAGCAAAUUUCGAUUCAAGCCGUUGUGAUGCGUAGCUGAGAAUACAUACCGAGCUUGUUAGCCAUCUGUCUUAGAUUUUGGUAGUUUAAUGAGGUAUAAACUUGUGUGACCGGACUGUCAGUGUGAUGUGGCUCCUUAAUAACAAUACUUAAUUAGUAAGGAUAGGACAGCGUUUGUUGAAACAUAAUUAAAAGAAACUCGUCCCAAACCAAAGGCCGGUGGUAGACUAAUUAUUGAAAAGAUAAAUCCAAAUGAUUAAUCGUCAGCUAAUAAAUUUACCUGGUAACGCUAUUAGAAAUAAGCUGGGUCGAGUCGCACGUACUGUUGUUUGUUUUUCUAUUCCAUUUAUGUAUAUGUUGACUUCAACAAAAGACUGAGCUGGGGGAUACCAUGAAGGGGUCUCUGAAUAAUUCAGAGACCCUUCAUGGCAUUUGCUGAGCGAAAGAGUCCUUAAAACUAGAAACAACAGUAACAAGUUCUUAAAAAGUUCCCUACAGCAGGCAUCGGCUAGACUAUACCUCUGAAGUUGCUAAUGGUUUUGACAGUGACAGAGGCUAAUAUAUCACUUAGCCCAUAUUUGGGACUGCCUUCAGAACGAAUGAAAAAUAUUAUAUUCUGUAAAAUAAAAUAAAUUGUUCGACUCUUUACGUUUUUGGAAAAUAUAUCUGAUUUAGUAUCAAUCGAUUGAUGCUGUGCAGGUGUUCUCAGGUUGGAUUACGGGAUCACGAAAUAUGACCAGACUAUUACUAUUUAUUCUUAGUCUAGUUAAUGAAUAUCGUUUUGUUUUUGUGUAUGUUGAGUAACACAGUUUUCAAUGUUCUACUACAAGAGAAAAUAUUUUACAACCUAUAUAUGUACAUGGGUUUCGAGAACUUUAAAACAACGUGCGUUAAGUUAAUAUAUUUUGAUACAAAACUUAUGAAUAGAUUAUAUAAAUUGAAAUCUCGAAGAUCGGCGGCUUGAAGUGGAACCAGCAGCGGACGCGCCCGUGUUCCCUGGAGACCGGAGACUCCACGCGCUACCUACUCUUUAAGCGGAGUGAAAUACACAAUAUAUUUUUGUAUUCUGCUAAGAGAAGACUCUUUAUAAAUAAUAUCACAGUAUUUAUUCAUAUCAUAAAAAUUAGGUUAAUUAUUUGUUAAUUAAGAAAAAUACAAAUUUAGUGAAAUUUUAUUUUUGGGUUUGUCGUUAAAGAUACUUCCCGUGAUCGACAUCCUCCUAAUUAAACAGAGGAGUACCAACAAAAUAAGAUAAAAGUUAUCAUCGUCAUGUUCCAGAUUAGUAGAAAGGCAAUUAUAGCUUUUAAAUGGCAAACCCAUACAAAAAAACCUUAUAAGCCGGUAUCAGCUCCGAGGCCAGAUCUCAGUUGCUGAUACGUACACUUACAAUCAAAUCUAACUUUAGAUUACAAAUAAAUACAAAAGAUUAAAUUUG